AUGUGUGACCCAGCCAAGUGCACCCCCUGCUGCCCAGCCAAGUGCUCCCCCUGCUGUCCAGCAAAGUGCAACCCCUGCUGUCCAUCAAAAUGCAAUCCCUGCUGUCCAGCAAAAUGUAGCCCCUGUGGCUGCCCACCAAGAGGCUGCUGCGUUCAGCCCAAGUGCUGCUGUCUGGAACCCAAGCCCGAGUGCACGUGCCUUAACAAGGACUCUGACACAUCUCAGCAUACUCAGCACUCUCAGAAUGACUCCCAAAGUACAAAGCAAGAAAAGUCACUUUUUGGGGGGUCGAAGAAAUAG